CACAUUUCUUUAUUCAUUUAUUUAUUUUAUAGUAUUUUUUGUUAAUAAAGUUUCUGUAUUAAAAAAAAACGUCAGCUGAGUUGCGGCGUCGUGACGUAGGCGGAAGUGUUUGCUCAGCGGCUAGCAGCGGCUAACAGCUCCGAGCAGACAGACAGGCAGGCAGAGAGACAGACGGACAGACAGACAGACAGACAGGUGAGACAGUGUCUGUGGAUGGAAGUGUGGAGCUCGGCAAUGGGACCCGAGAGAGUCUUACCGAACUCAGAGGACGAGCUGGGGGAGGACGAGAGGCCGGCUGACGGAGCUCUGCUGCCAGUGUGGAGCGGAGGGGAGGGAGGAGGUGAGGAGGGGGAGGAGGAGGUGGGAGGAGAGAUGGAGCUGGACGGAGAGGAAGAGGAGGGGGAGGGGGAGGAAGAGGAGGAAGUGAACAAUGGAGAGUACUACUACCAACCUCUGAACCAGGAGCCUGACGGGGGGGAGGAUGCCCCCUCCCACACAGAGCAGCUGCAGCAGGUACAGCACAGGAUAGAGGUGAUGGGGCUCCACCUCCCUGAAGCUCCACCCCCUGACAGCGAUGAGGAGGAGGACCCUGAGGGAGCAGCAGCUCAGAGGAGCCGCGCCUCCAUCCCAAUGGACGCAGACCACGUGGAGCUGGUGAAGAGGACGAUGGCUGCCGUGGCAUUGCCGUCUCUUGGUGUGCCGUCGUGGGCUCAAGAGAUCUCCGAUGACCAAUGGAAGGACAUGGUCCAGAACACACUGCAGAGCCGGCAGAGUGCCCCUGCCUUGAGGCUGGCCCGCCGGGGCAACCUCAGUGGGCCCUGAACACACCACGAGCACAUCAAAUGACCUUGAACACACCAUGACACAACAGACCCUGAAGACACCAUGAACAUGACAACGGAACUUGAAUGCACCAUGACCAUAAAUAGAACAUCAAUGGACUCUGAACUCACCACAAGAACUGACCUUGAACACACCAUGAUCACAACAACAGACCUUGAAUGCACCACAACAAGAACAUCAGCGGACCCUGAACGCAUCAUGAUGAGAACGUCAGUGGGCCCUGAACACACCACAACCACUUCAGGGGUUAAGAUGAACUCUUUGAAUCUUUAAUGUUUUAUUCAGUGAAACUAUAAAAAUGAAAAAAAGUUAAAUGAGCUGCUCAAACAUUAAAUCAACUUUGAAAACAAAAAAACAUUUAAAUUCAGCUCUGCAAGUUUCAGUUUCUUCAUGUUUCCAAUCAGACCCAGUGGAACCAGGUUCUGGGUCUGUCAGAGCAGAAUAUUUCAUCAUAUGUUAGUGUUAGCUUAGCAUGUUUCUGUGGUUCAACGGUGAGAAACGUUUUUUGAUCUUAACCGACACAAAAACAGUAUUUUCAGAUUUAGACUUAAACACACUGAACGUCUGAAGCUGCUGACAUCACGGCUCGAGUCGUUUCAUCGACGUGUGAAAAAAAGAAUUCAACAUUGAUGUUACAGAAAAUAAAACUGUCAAAGUUCAGACGAGUCCUGAACCAGAGUGACCCGACCCCGGGUCAGAGUCCUGAACCAGCCAGAGUGAUCCAACCCCGGGUCAGAGUCCUGAACCAGAGUGACCCGACCCCGGGUCAGAGUCCUGAACCAGAGUAACCUGACCCCGGGUCAUUUGCUGCAGAAAAAAAGAUUUUCUGUUUUAGCUCAAAGUUUGUAAAAACUUUUCCUGAACGUGACCUGAUGAAGACGAGUCCCAGACUAACUGUUCGACCUCCUCUGAUCCCGUACUUUGGUUUCUUUUUGUCACUUGUUCAUUUGAUUUCACUUCUGAUGGUGAAACAAACGUUUGAUUUAAACAGUAAACAAUAAUGAUUAAUCGAAUGGCCGGUCAGAGAACUUCCUGUUUGUAUUUCAGUGUAAAGGUCCACCUUAAAGCCUUUUGAUUUACUGAUUAUAGAUAGAAGUCGUUACAGUGUGUUGUAUGUAUCCAUGGAAACAGACUCUCUGAUUGUCAAACAUGUGUCUCUUUAUUUGUUUCUUUGUUUCUGUACAUUCAUGAACAUCUGUACAAAAUCAGACGAUGAUGUCAUUAACGCUCAAACUAAUUAAAGUUCAACAAGUACAGGAUGACAGGAAGCAGUGUCGGGGUCCACCAUCUUUUCUCUCUCUCUGAAUGUGAGUCGCCGCCAAAAUAAAACUAAAUCCUCU